AUGGCGGAGCACGUCCUGGUGCGCGGUGCCGGCGGGCGUACGACGACCACGUUCCUGCGGUGGGGCAGCGGAUGGCGCGGGCAGCUGGGCAUGGGACCCGCCGUGACGCACGCCCUCCCCACCGCCGCCGCGCCAGCGGAGAGCCUCCUGGCCACCACCACCUCGCGCGUGGUGUGCGGACCCGCCCACGCUCUUGCUCUGCCCCAGGCCGGGCAAGGUGGCGCGGCGCUGGUGUGGGGCCGUAACUGCAGUGGGCAGCUGGGGCUGGGCGACCUCCGCGACCGCCACUGGCCCACUCCGCUGCCGCCGCCUCCUCCGGGCGCCGCCGACCAGCGGCAGCCACCACCACGGCGGAAUGCGGAGGCGGCGGCGGCGGCAGCGCCACGGGAAGGUCACGUCGACGAGGGCGGCGCGGGGUGGGGCCGUGGGGUGGGUCUCGGUUCCUUCCACAGCGUGGUGGUGUCCGGGUGGGGCCACACGCUAGUUCUGGCCGGCGAUCAAGUGCUGGCGUGGGGAUGGAAUCGACACGGCCAGUGUGGCCUUGGGCACAAGGAAUUCGUGCCUACGGUGCAGCCCGUGCAAGCGUUGGCGGGGUUGGACGUUGUGGACGUCGCGGCCGGCGCCACCCACUCUCUCGCCCUCACGCAUGGCAAGCUGGGCCUGGGCGAUGAUGGAGGCGAUCAGCAAGCACCGCACCGCUUGGAGUCCUUUGGCGGUCUCCGUGUCGUUGGCCUUGCUGCGGGGGCCGACCACACGGCUGCCAUCACGGAGGACGGCGGCCUUUGGCUGUGGGGAUUCGGUCAGCACGGGGCGCUGGGCUUUGCCGAGGGCGCCAACGAGAACGCGCCGCGACGUCUCGAGCUACGAGGCCGGGUAGAGGCAGUCAGCUGCGGGAUGGACAUCACCGUAGUGCAACUCGCAACGGGGAGACUGCCCAGUGGUGGUGGGCACUGGUCUGGCUGCUAG